CACCACUCCUCUGGUAGCCCAAGGUUGCAAAAUCAACAUGUGUCUCAGUUAAAAAGACAGAAGCAGUCUCCGCCAGCCAAGAAACCAGCAAAAAUAUUUCACAAUGGAUGUAGACGAUGAAGAAAACAUGAGUUCGAGCAGCACUGAUGUUAAAGAAAACCGCAACGUGGACAACGUUCCCCCCAAGGACAGCGGUGGGCAAGGUGCCGGGGAGGGGACACAGCUCUCCAAUGGUGGUGGCAGCAGCAGCAGAAAGCGUCCUUUGGAGGAGGGCAACAAUGGCCACUCCAAAUUUCGUCCAAAGAAGAGGAAGAAAACACCCGGCCCUGUUCUGCCAAAGAAUGCCCUGAUGCAACUCAAUGAGAUUAAACCCGGUUUACAGUACAAACUCCUCUCCCAGACAGGGCCAGUCCAUGCCCCCAUGUUCGUGAUGGCAGUCGAAGUCAACGGGCAGGUAUUUGAGGGGUCUGGCCCGACAAAAAAGAAAGCCAAGCUUCACGCUGCCGAGAAGGCUCUGCGGUCUUUCGUCCAGUUUCCAAAUGCCUCGGAAGCCCACCUGGCAAUGGGGAGGACUCUGUCAGUCAACACAGACUUCACCUCUGACCAAGCAGACUUCCCCGACACCCUUUUCAAUGGGUUUGAAACACCGGUCCCUUCUGAUGCUUCCUUUUACCUGGGGUCCAAUGGGGAUGGGUCCUUUAGCUCUAGUGGGGACUAUGGUUUGCCAUCGUCAGCCAUAGCCAGCAGCCUUUCCCAGUCGCCUCUCCCUGCACCAUCACCCUACCCCUCCGCCAGCGGGAAGAACCCCGUCAUGAUCCUCAACGAGCUGCGGCCAGGGCUGAAAUAUGAGUUUCUCUCAGAGAGCGGGGAGAGCCAUGCCAAAAACUUUGUGAUGGCUGUGGCGGUGGACGGUCAGACUUUUGAAGGCUCGGGAAGGAAUAAAAAGCUGGCAAAAGCUCGGGCUGCUCAGUCGGCCCUGGCAUCUUUGUUUAACAUGCAGCUGGACCAGACCCCAUCUCGACAGCCCAUUCCCAGCGAGGGGCUCCAGUUACACUUGCCACAGGUUUUAGCUGAUGCUGUUGCACGCUUGGUUGUAGAUAAAUUCAGUGAUUUGACAGAAAAUUUCACUUCUCCACAUGCACGUAGAAAAGUCCUUGCUGGAAUUGUCAUGACAACAGGUACAGAUGUGAAAGAUGCCCUGGUAAUAAGUGUUUCUACAGGGACAAAAUGCAUCAAUGGUGAAUACAUGAGUGAUCGUGGUCUUGCAUUAAAUGAUUGCCAUGCGGAAAUUAUAUCUCGCAGGUGCCUGCUUAAAUUCCUGUAUACACAGCUUGAGCUUUAUCUAAGCAAUAAAGAAGAUCAACAAAAAUCCAUUUUUAUCAAGUCAGAACGAGGCGGGUUUAAGCUGAAGGAGAACGUGCAGUUUCAUCUCUAUAUCAGCACGUCUCCUUGUGGCGACGCUAGGAUUUUCUCACCACAUGAAGCAGCACAAGAGGAUCAAGGGGACAGGCAUCCAAACCGCAAAGCGAGAGGACAGCUACGGACAAAAAUAGAAUCUGGGGAAGGGACCAUCCCCGUGCGCUCUACUACCACUAUCCAGACAUGGGAUGGUGUAUUGCAAGGAGAAAGGCUACUUACCAUGUCCUGCAGUGACAAGAUAGCGAGGUGGAACGUAUUGGGUAUUCAAGGAGCCUUACUUAGCCUCUUUGUGGAGCCAAUUUACUUCUCUAGCAUCAUCUUGGGGAGUUUAUAUCAUGGGGAUCAUCUAUCCAGAGCCGUAUACCAGAGGAUAGCAGAGAUAGAAGAUCUACCACCUCUUUAUACACUCAACAGACCUUUACUUAGUGGUAUUAGCAAUGCAGAAGCCCGUCAGCCAGGGAAAGCACCAAACUUCAGUGUGAACUGGACAGUAGGAGACACUGGUCUUGAAGUUAUUAAUGCUACAACCGGCAAAGAUGAGAUGGGCCGUGCAUCUCGCCUUUGUAAGCAUGCUUUUUACAGCCGCUGGAUGCGUAUUCAUGCAAAGCUUUCCUCUAGCUUGCGCUCAAAGAUCCUCAAGCCUAACCUGUACCACGAAACCAAGCAAGGAGCCACUGAGUAUCAAACUGCCAAAGAGUGUUUGUUUAAAGCAUUCCUGAAGGCAGGACUCGGAGCCUGGGUGGAGAAGCCCAUAGAACAGGAUCAGUUUUCUCUCACGGUCUAAUUCACAGACUGCACAUCACUUUGGAAAGGGGGUUGUUCUGGAAAUUCCUGGUGUCCAGCAUUGCUUUCUGGCAUCUCCACAGCUGUCAAAACAUCUUUUUACUGUUUGGAGUUGGGCUUUUUCCUUUGUUUUUUUGAAACUUCAUAGUAACUUUCUGUUUUGCCUAAGUAUUGAAAAUCAAUGAUGAUCUGACACAUAAUUGUAUAUUUUGUUAUGGCAAAGUAAUUUCUGGUGUAUUUCUAGAAAUACUUUUACUGUAGAAAACUUGCAGUAAGGCUGUCCUUACAGUAUACAAUGACUCAUUUUUUCUGGGUUAAAAGAAUUUUUUUUUUAAUUCAAUGUCAUCAAGUGCAUGAAGAAAUGAAAGUUUCUCUAGGUUUUACACCACACUUUUAGGAAGUAGCUUAAUUUUUUUAAAAGAAAAUAGGUGACAAAGCUGAUUCUACUCCUCUGUUAACUUGUAUUUGAAGUGCAGCUAUUUCUAGCAUAUAGACCACAGAGCCAGAAUGGAGUCUGGACAGCUAGUUUUUCCCCACUUCCUUGCUCUUUAAAACCAGCUGCUGAAAAUUUCAUGUCUUUGAUGUAUGUAUUUAUUAGUCUGUGACCCAGUUUUUAACAUGCAGCUUUUUAUUCUGUUUUUAAAAAUACAUUUACCUCCCAUUUAUACACAUUGUGAAGUCUUCAUUUGUUUUUACCAUUGUAAACUGGAAACAGCAAAAUAAUUAUUUGUAAGUUAAGAAGUUUAGUCUAUAACAUGCAGAAACUUGUUUAGAAGUAGCUGAUUUGUAUAUCCCAGGAACUCAUCAGGAUACGAUCGUAACUGUUACAGUGAUAUGACAACUUAAAAAAAAAAAAAAAAAAAAAAAAAGCAGCUCAUUUUAAGGGCGCUAAGCCUGAAUUGCCAAAACCAGACACUUGCUGGGUAUUAAUUGCUCUCCUCUCAGAAAUGAAAAGCUCUUGCAUGGACAGAAAGUUGUUAAAACUUCUUUCCUGUGAGUUACAUCUGCUUUCACCCAAGUUAUUGUGUCUCUGAGAUUUCAUUGCCUUUUGGCUUUACACGUGUGAUGAUCUUCAUGAAGCUAAUUAGGUAAGUUGCCCUCAAAUGUGCUUUUGUUUGUUUUGACAGUUACUUAGAAAGGUAUUUUUCCUGAAGGUGUAGACACUUCUGCUUUAUGUAAAAAUGUAACAUAGAAGGGAAAUAUUGUGAGUUCAGUUUAAUUAACUGGUAUAUAGAAGGCACUUUUAAAAAGACUUUUUAGUACAUGACGUUUAGGAGCGGGUGAGGCAAUAUCUGGUAUGGCUUCUCUGCUUACAGUAUGUUUCCAAACACGUCCCUUGGCUCGUGCCCAUCCAGGUAUCACCUGUGGUUUCUGAAGAGCAUCUCAGAUGUCCUCCGUGUUCCGUUUGCAAACGAUGAAGGUGAUGGUUCAUGACAUGGGAGUUCACCUGACAAACCAGUGCACCACUGCUGCAGCUGUUGGUUUCUGCCCCUCCGCUCCACUUCACCACCCCUUGCCUGUGCUGUGUGGGACAUUGGAUCAGCGGGCUGGUCCAUGCUUUGAAGUCAAGGGUUACUUUUAGACCCACAUUGGGUCAGAGGUCCAGUUUAGAGUUGUGCUGGCACAUCUGCAGAGGCAGUGGAGUGGAGCAUGGGUCCCUGCAGCCAGCUUCAUGGCCAAAGCUUUAACUGGAGUACCUCAGCCCCAGCAUCUCCUGGGGGUUUGCAAAUACUUGGGGUGUUGGAGACUUUGAUGUAAAACCCCUUCUGGCCAAUCAUGCAUGCUAGGGAGAUGUGCUCUUUGUUAUUGCUCAAGUAGGAACACAUUUUCAGCUUAAAAAAAUUAUCAAGCUUUGAUCAUUUAGUUCAAGUCGAAGUCAAAGCCUCUGGGUUAGCAUCUUGGAAGUAAUGCAUUGAAGUGAAAGCAAUGUAUUGUGGAUAAUAGCGAGCACUGCUGUAGGAAGGCAAACAAGUCUGUGGCCUGGUGGUCCCCUCGGAAAAGUCUGAUGCUUCCAGAGGUUAUUGCCUUUUCCAGAUGCCAGAGGAACAAAUGUUGAAAGCUGUGUUAAUUCAGCUUCAUUGUCAACUUAAGCCAUCCUGUCUGCUUCUCAUUAAAACCAGAAGUGCUCCCAUGGCCUCUCCAAGCCCAACAAGGCUUCUGUGGUUGUCAUCUGACUGAGGCUUAGGCUGACCUUCUAAAAAUAAAAGGAAUUUAAUUGUGUGUGGUCAGAUUCUGCAAGUACUUGGACAUCUGCCUUUGAGAUCAACCUUGUCUCGUUCAUGUUGCAGAAGUUCUUUUGUGGCUGUAGUUGAAUACAUGUAUAGGUUUCUGCAGGACUGAGGGAAAGCUGGUUGCACUGUAUGUGUUUUCUUGAAAUCAUUACUGCUCUCAGAUGAAAUACACAUUUUUAAGGGGCUCAGUAUAUUGAUAAAUAAAGUCUGUUGAUAAUUUUCGGCACAUUAUUUUUACCCAUCUUUCUGAAGUGCUCAUUCAAAAGUUGGUGUCUCUCUGGAUUUUUUUGAUGACUAGGAAAGUAUUAGCUCAAACUAUUUUUUUUAUGAAAGUCACAAAUAUGAGCAAUAUAUUUAAUUAUUAUUAUAGACAUAGUUUUUUAAGCAGUUCGAAUAGAACGACUGAAAUUAAACUGUAAAGGAAAUCUGUUCCAUGGCAAAACCUUUUGACAAAGGAGUGGUGUCAGGUUAUUUAUGAGGAAUGAGUUCUCUUGUUUAUAAUUCUGGGAUUUUAAAAAGUAAGAAGUUUUCCAGGGUUGUAUGCAGUCCAUAUCUAUCUUCUGGGAGUCAAUAAAAUACUGCUUGGCUUCCUUCACUUGCUUGUUCCUUUUUGUGCAGUUAAUAUGUGGAAAUAAGUUGGGAUUGCUGAUGCUGCAAUCAGUUGAUGCUUCUGUAUUCCUCACAAAUCACUGUCACCAAGCAAGAAUGGAAUGGAUAGUGAUGUAUAUAAUUUCAAGUGACUGCAAAAGAUAAGGUAACUCAGCUUCCAGCAGCUGCUGAAUGUCGUGGCGGACCUUUCUGUUGGGAGCUGCAAGUCUCCCCGAUGGGUUGCGAGGCUUAGCGGUCUGGUCUGAAAAGCCUGGGCUGAGUGGACAGGAGCUGGCCUGCACAGGGACUUGCAAUGCUGCUCUGCGAGCUGCUUUGGUUCUUUUAACUUUUUUUUUUUUUUUCCUUAUUUUUGAUUGCGUAUGAGUGUUUGUCUCAGGAUCUUCAAAGAACUUCAAGAGUGACAACUUUAAUGUUGAUGAAUACUUGAAAUCUAAUUUAAGGUGUUUUUCUCCAGAUAGUCUAGCUCUAAUAAAGUUUGUAGGUUACUAAAAUAGAUAAUUUUAAAUAUAGAUGUUUGAAAUAUAUAUGUUCUGCAGGAUCAUUUUAAGAAAAUUUGGGCUUAAAGGUUAACGCUUGAAAUAUCGGUUAUGGAUGUACUCAGGACCUGGUAGUAAUAACUGUAGAUUAUUUCUCACUGCUUGUGUAUGAAGCGCAUUGUGUAUAGGAGCUUGUUAGCAACUGUUCUCCCCCAAGGGUGUGGAUGUCCACGCAGCCCCGCUCGCCCUCCUAUAGCUAGUGAAUGGUAAUCGUGACUCUGCCUACUUAGGGAUGGACAGCAGCGGCGUUUCUGCACUGUUGGUGAUUUUGAUCUUCUCAUCUUAGAGAAGUCUUUUCAUGACUGGUUACUGCAUAGGAGACUCCAGAGUAGAAGAUUUUUGUGUGCUAUUACUCUGUAUGUCCUCUAAAAUAAUUUGCAGCUGUAAGUCUAAGGAUCUCAGAGCUGGUGUUGCAUUUUAUCAGUUCAGUUCUGUGAUGCUUACAAGAGUGCUGUUGACCCAAGGGAAAAAAAUAAAUCUCAUCCUGCUCUCGCAGUGAAAAUGUGCAUGAAAUAAGGCUGUUGGUUCAGAGUGCUUGGUAGCACAAAGCACAGAGUGUGUCUCAUGGAAGAGUAGUGCUGCCUUUUGAAACCAAGCUGUCUUUUUAAAAAAAAAUAACCAACCAGGAAUUGAGAAUAAAAUCUAAGAAUUACUCAGUCAUGGCAUAAUUGAAUUUUUUUUUUUAAAAUAUCAGUGGUUUUUUAAAUAAUGAAGAUCAUUAUUGCUGUUCCUUAAGUUAGGCUUUAAUGCUUGGGAGGCUCACGAUUGCAGAGAAGCUGUGCUUUGAAUUCCUUGCAUUUUUAUCAUCAUAAAAUGUCCACUGUGAAAAUUAUCCCAAAGUUUACUGAAAAGGAAGAACUGCAAUCGAGAUAAUAUCAGAACAAAAAUGUCUAAUGUUAUUUAAAACUUAAGAACCCACAGAAAUAAAAUGUAUAAAAUG